AGCCCUCAGUAAGCGCUGUGCUAGUUAGCAUGCUAGCUGGAGCAGAGCAGUGGGGGUUUAUAGCAGAGGCAGAGAGACAGAGUGCGGUGCAGACAGGAAUAAUGACAUGACCGGGAAUGAAGUGGAGAAGCUGAUCACCUGAGUGAAGGUGUAGAGACAGCCUGUAUCAGACAGCCUGUAUCAGACAGCCUGUAUCAGACAGCCUGUAUCAGACAGCCUGUAUCAGACAGCCUGUAUCAGACAGCCUGUAUCAGACAGCCUGUAUCAGACAGCCUGUAUCAGACAGCCUGUAUCAGACAGCCUGUAUCAGACAGCCUGUAUCAGACAGCCUGCAGUGUCCAGUCCAGCAGCUCGGUGAAUAUCAGUUAGCAUGACCACAGUCAGUCUUAGUCAAGUACGCAGACAGGUUUUCUCAGACGAGCGCUCAGUGAGGGAGGUAUUAAGGGCGAGGUUGACUCUCCAAUAUUACUGGGUUGGUGUGUGAUGCAGUGUAUUAGACACACCUACCCCACAGCCUAAAAUGACCCAUGUGGUGACUCGUGAAAUGUAAAUGGCUUCCAAAGUGCGCGAUGCGGUGGUGUGGUACCAGAAAAAGAUUGGUGCGUAUGACCAGCAGAUUUGGGAGAAGUCUGUGGAGCAAAGAGAAAUCAAGUUCAUUAGGCUGGGCCUGAGGAACAAACCGAAGAAGACGGGCCAUGUGAAGCCAGACCUGAUUGACGUGGAUCUAGUGAGAGGCUCUGCAUUUGCCAAAGCCAAGCCAGAAAGCCCAUGGACAUCUCUAGCGCGGAAGGGCAUAGUUCGGGUUGUCCUCUUCCCCUUUUUCUUCAGAUGGUGGAUCCAGGUGACAUCCAGAGCCAUCUUUCUGCUGCUGCUCUCCCUUUACCUGCUCCAAGUGCUCGCGACAGUGUUGUUUUUCAGCAUCUCGCAUCCCCACGACAUCCCAGCGACCGAGGUGUUUGGAGCAUUCUGGCUCAUGCUGCUCCUGGGCACGGUGCACUGCCAGAUCGUGUCCACACGCACACCAAAGCCUGUCCCCAAUGCUGCCACCAAGAGGAGAAGGAAGUUAAGGAAGGCAGCACACUUGGAGGUGCAUAGGGAAGGCGAUGGCUCUAGCACUACCGAUAACACACAGGAGGGGGCACCGCUCUCCCCGGGCUCUGCCGCCACUCACAGUCUCGCUGCUUUCUUCAGAGAUUUCUGGCAUAAUAUCUUUAAAUCGGGGUCUAAGAAAUUCAAGCUGUCCAUUGAUAAGUCGACGGAGACGGAUAACGGGUACGUGUCGCUGGAUGGCCGCGUCACCAGCAAGAGCAGUGAGGAGAGGUUACAGCUCCGUGAGCCUCGCUGCGACCUGCUGCGCUCCGAAGAGCUGGCCUGGAGUGCCCCGCAGUCCCGGAACAAACUGCUGUCGCCCGGCAGUAAGUGUAUGCAGGAGUGCCACUUGCACAACGUGGAGAACAUGUCCGACGAGGCGUCGAGUGAAGAAGACCCCGAAAACUACAGCUCUCUCCGCAGGGGCGUGGAGCGCGUGAACAGUGACUGCACGCUUCGCAACAGAAAAACUCACCACUUCAAAAAACACUAUACAGCAGCCGAGGAAAUGCCUAAGUCAGGCACGAGCUGUAGCUCCCGCUGUUCCAGCCUGCGCACUCCAGACUCGGAGAGCACUCGGCACGAGUCGGAGACCGAGGACUUAUUGUGGGAGGACUUCCUGCACUGUGCGGAGUGCCACUCCUCAUGCACCAGCGAGACAGAGGGGGAGGGGUCUGCCGUCUGCCCCGCCUCCAAAAAGGAAUACCGGGAUGACCCCUUCCUGCAGGGUCACGCGCCAUGGCUGCACAGCUCGAACCCGGGGCUGGAGCGCGUCAGCGCCAUUGUGUGGGAGGGAAACGAGUGCAAGAAAGCAGACAUGUCGGUGCUGGAAAUCAGCGGCAUGAUCAUGAACAGGGUGAAUUUGUAUACUCCUGGCAUCGGCUACCAGGUUUUUGGAAACCUGGUGUCUGUGACUCUGGGACUCGUGCCCUUCGCGUACAGACUUUUCCAAUACAAAGAUGUGGAGCAGCUGUCCUCCGUCUCGGCCGGCGAGAUGGUCUCCAUCGCCUUCGGCUCUUCGUCCGACGUUGCGGUCGUUGCAAUGGUGUCUGUGAGCUUCGUAGUGCGCGUGUGCCUCAUCUGGCUCUUCUUCUUUCUGCUCAGCGUGGCUGAAAGGACGUACAAGCAGAGACUGCUCUUUGCGAAGCUGUUCGGUCACCUCACGUCAGCACGCCGAGCCAGGAAGUCUGAGGUGCCGCACUUUCGGCUGAAGAAAGUGCAGAACAUAAAGAUGUGGCUCUCACUGCGCUCCUACUUGAAGAGACGCGGUCCCCAGCGUUCAGUGGAUGUCAUUGUUUCAUCUGCCUUCCUCCUCACUCUCUCGGUGGUCUUCAUCUGCUGUGCUCAGGCUCAUCUCAACCUGCACUUUGAUCUGCAGCUGCUGCACGCCCACGAGACGUUUCUGGAGUUCCACUAUAACUGGGAGCUGGUGAUCUGGUCCUUCUCUCUCUCGCUCUUCCUGCUGCGCUUCGUCACACUGGGCUCUGAGACCAGCAAGAAGUACAGCAACACCUCUAUUCUACUGACCGAGCAGAUUAAUCUGUACUUGAAAAUGGAAAAGAAACCAAACAAGAAAGAAGAGCUGACUCUCGUCAACAAUGUUCUUAAGCUGGCCACCAAACUGCUGAAGGAAUUGGAUACUCCUUUCAGGCUGUACGGCCUCACCAUGAACCCGCUCCUGUACAGCAUCACGCAGGUGGUGAUCCUGUCCGCGGUCUCAGGGGUCAUCAGCGACCUGCUCGGCUUCAAUGUGAAACUUUGGAAGAUCAAGUCAUGACACUGAGCUGUCUGCACCCCACACACACAGACACACACGCAGAGACGCAGAGAUGCAGCACGCAGAUGCCGGGGCACCUAGAUGGAGCUGUUUCCUCUUAAUUGGGGACAAUAAUGAACUUUCAGCCCUUUCCCCCCUCUGGCACUUCAGCUGAGCGAGCUAUUAUUUUUUUUACUUUUGUUGUACUGUGUUUUUUGAGUCCUCAGACAUUUAGCUGCUAUUGGAAUGUCAGUUACAGUAUCAGUGCUUCCUUAGGAGAAUAUAUAUAUAUAUAUAUAUAUAUAUAUAUAUAUAUAUAUAUAUAUAUAUAUAUAUAUAUAUAUAUAUAUAUAUAUAUCUCAAGUGCGUGCGUAUUCUGUUUAUGUAUUUGCAAGCAUGUGUGGCACAAAAUAAUUUAUUGAAAGGGUUCUCAUGAGCGUGUGCUAUCAGAAGCCAUGAAUACGGAGUUGUUUAUUUACGGAGUCGUUUGCGCGUUAGCUCAGUGCUGGUAUGUGGCAGCGGCAUUGUAUUAAUAAGUGAAAGUCAUAAGUGAAAUUUGAGAGCAGGAUAUUUUGAAGCACUGAAUGCAGAGGUGAACGGACACACGCACGCACGCACGCGCACACACACACACACACACACACACACACACACACACACACAGUGUGAAGUGAUCCGGAGCUGGUUUUACUCAUCAGUGAGUGUGUUACACUGAAUCUUGUGCAGUUCGUUCUACUUGAUCAGUUUACCCAGCUUUGUUUAACUUUUAUUAUUAUUAUUAUUAUUAUUUUUAUUUUAUUUUAAUUUUUUUUAAAUAAUGUGAUCUCAAAUUUCAGCUGGGACGGAGGCCUUAGUGCUUAGACGACCGAAGAAAAUGUGUGUGUUUUAAAAAAACAAAAAAACCUGAGACGUGCUCAUGGUUUAAACGUUACAGUCAUUAGUUACUGGAUGUUAAUCAAUGUCAGUUCCCUUCUCCCUGUAUGAUGUAUAAAUAUAAUGUAUGGAGGAGUGUUUAGGGGGGUGGGGGUGCGCGUGUGUGCCGAGUCUAAGUCAGAAUUGCCUCAAAAUGUGCACUUUAAAGCAAAGAAAUUGUUACUAAUGUCUGAGAGGUGACGCCUCGAGGACGCUUUAUUUCUGGUUUUAUAUUUCUGCAUUGGAAAGUCAUUCAUGACGACCAAAGUGCUUUUAUUCUGUCUGCCGGAGAUAAAUAUAUUAGCUCCUCCUUUAAACAUGAUUAUUAUCAGAGACUAGUUUCCGAAGGCCAGUGGAUGCCAGUUCCUUUGUACCCUUUUCCUGUAUAAUGCUGUUCCUGUUACUUUGUCAUUACUGAUGGUGCACAUUUCUUUUCAAAGGAAAAGACAUGGUCAUUACGGUGAACACUAUGAAGGAGAAUGGAUCAAAUGGGGGGGAAAAAAAACAAUACAGAAAACAUUGCAUGUACUUUCCAGAGUUUUUGCUGUUCAGUUUGUAUGUUUUUAUAUGAAGAUAUUUAUAAAAAAAAAAAAAAAAAAGUGUGUAUAAGUUACUCUGAAAGUAUUUAGGUACAGAUAGAGGAUGUGUUGUUUUGAUCUGCUUUUAUCACAUUAAAACUCUGGGUGAAAUGUCA